AGAAGACACACCUACUGUCAGUCUCCAUUGACUACUAGGAACUUUGGUUCACUGUACAAGACCUCUCCUCUUCACUUGCCUGCAGGGAGGAAGAUGCAUCAAUGGCCUUGACAACAGCAGUACAUGUGUUGGUGUUUACACUCCUGUAUGUGGCAGUGGUACUGGGUCAGAAAGGAUGGGGUGUGACCUACUCCACUCAGAGUAUCUGUGCCUUGAAGGGGUCAACAGUGGAGGUGUCCUGCUCUUACACAUUUCCCAGUGGAACAGUCAAAUCAACCUACUGGUUCAUUAAUAGCAAUGUUAAUGUGAACCUGAUUGGAUACUCAGACUACAGAGGUCGUGUGACGUACCGUAACCAUACGAAUAAUAACAACACCCUGAUAAUCACAGACCUGAGACAGAGUGACUCAGCUCAGUAUUGGUUCAGAUUUAUUACAGUUAAGCCUGGAAACCAAUGGACUGGCACACCUGCAGUCACCCUGUCUGUCACAGGUCUACAGGUGGGUGGGACUCCUGCCACUGUGACUGAGGGACAGAAUGUAACACUGACCUGUAUCACAUCCUGUCCUCUGACUGACAACCCCACCUGCAUCUGGUACAAGAAGAAUUCAACGUUUGCACUGGAGGUCCACAAUGGCCGGGAGCUCGGUACCAGUGAUGUGCUGGGUGGUUUCCACCACCCGUUUCAGGGCCUUCCAGUCUGCCACGGAGCAACCACCAAACCACACCGUGGCGCAGCUCGUCAGAAUGCACUCGAUUGUGCAGCGAUUCUCCAAAGAACACCUCAGUGUCAGUCAGUCCCUCUGGUGAAAUAG